AAUAAAUGAAUAAAUAAUCACUCUAGUAGGCAUACAACACUAGGUUCUUCAAGGCAAAAUCUAGUACCAAAGUGGUCAUUUCUUUCAGCUAAGAUUAAGAGCUAGAAUCUUUUUACCUUCAACAUCAAAAAAAUAAAAAUAAAAAUUUCCCAAUCUUUGACUUUUUUGUAACAUAUUCUUCGAAAAUGACCCAAUAAAUAUCCCACCACUCUUGCCAAAAGGACCCAAAGUUAUCCGCCACUCUUAUACUCUUUCCAGCAAUGGCUUCCAACCUGUUCUUCAAUCUCUUUCUCUUUUAUUGUCUUUUCUUCUCCAUCAUCAUCUUCCCCUCCAUAGCCAAAACUUCUUUUAGACCAAAAGCUCUCCUCCUUCCUCUAUACAAAGACCCUUCCACCCUCCAAUACCUUACCAAAAUCAAACAAAGAACCCCUCUGGUUCCCAUCAAACUCACAGUAGAUCUUGGUGCUGAAUUUCUUUGGGUAGACUGCGAGCAAGGUUAUGUCUCCUCCACCUUUAAGUCACCUCUUUGCAGCUCAGCUCCGUGCUCUCUUCUCUAUCCCAAGAUCUGCGGUCGCUGCGUUUCACCCACUUUCUUGCCAGGCUGCAAUAUUGAUAACAUAUGCAUUAUCCAUCCCUACAAUCCUUUGAUCUGGACAUUCAUCAGCGGUAGGUUAUCCCAAGACAUGUUCUCCAUUCAGACCACCAACGGCUUCAAUCCAGGUAGACAUGUUUCUCUGCCUAACUUUCUCUUCUCUUGUGGGGACACUUCCCUCUUGCAAGGUCUGGCUAGCGGUGUCAAGGGCAUGGCUGGUUUGGGAAGGACCAAAAUUGGACUACCUUACCAAUUUGCUGCUGCUUUUAGCUUAAAGAGAAAGUUCGCUAUUUGCUUGAGCUCUUCAACAAGAUCUAAAGGUGUCAUAUUCUUUGGCGAUGGUCCUUUUGCUUUUCUUCCUAACAUUGAUCUCUCUAAGUCUCUUACUUAUACUCCACUCCUCAUCAACCCUAUAAGCACCGGCGGAUUUCUCUAUCCGGGCAAGAAAUCUGCAGACUACUUCAUAGGAGUAAAGUCUAUAAAGAUCAAUGACAAAGUUGUCCACUUGAAUACUUCUUUGCUAUCAAUUGACAAUAAAGGUAGAGGUGGAACGAAGAUUAGCACAGUCGAUCCUUAUUCAGUCCUGGAGACCUCCAUAUAUAACGCUUUCAUCGAUGCAUUUGAGAAAGCAAUGGGAGAUCAAGUGACAAGAGUAGCAGCUGUGGAACCAUUUGGGGCUUGCUUUAACUCGACCGGUAUUGGAAGUACUAGAGUUGGUGCGGCUGUGCCGACCAUUGACCUUGUGUUGCAGAAUAACAAUGUGUUUUGGAGGAUAUUUGGAGCAAAUUCCAUGGUUGAGGUUAGGAAGGAUGUUCUGUGCCUUGGAUUUGUUGAUGGAGGUGUUGGAGCAAAGGCUUCCAUUGUGAUUGGAGGGCAUCAAUUGGAAGACAAUUUUCUUCAGUUCGAAUUAGAUUACAACAGGCUUGGAUUCAGCUCCUCAUUGCUCUUCAGACAAACCACGUGCUCCAACUUCAACUUUACGACUAAUUAAUAUUUAUGCCUAAAAGUAAACCUCAUGAGGUCAACCAUGUUGUUUUUUUACGAAAGAUGCAUCUAAUUGACUAGUUCUGAUUUAAAUAAGGAUUUUCCACACUAGUGGAUGGUGCUA